UUCUAAUGUCAAUAACAAGAGCGUUAAAAAAAUAUAUAUAUUUGUUUUUUGAUUAAUUUGAUGAUAAGAUAAAAAUUACACUUUACUUUUAUAAUAAUUAUGCAAAAUUAUAAUGAUAAUAUUAUUUUUGAGUCGACUAACAAUUGACAUAAACAUAGAUCUAGAAUCAACUUAUAGAGUAGAUCUUCUGUAGGAAGUUUUUAUAUACUACAUACUUUACAUAGGGAAGAGUGAAAAUUUGAAAUUUAAAGGCAGUCGCACAUAAAAAAUAGUUCACAAUAAUUAUUAACAAAUACAUUUGAAGAAAACGCAAAAAUGGAUGUCGUUACUUUUUGUCACGAUGUUCCUAAAAUUGAAUUACACGCUCACUUAAAUGGUUCACUAAGCCGUUCUACAAUGCUCCAGCUGCAGCGAUGCCUCGCAGAUUUAGGCAUGACAGAUAAAUCUAACGCUUUUCUAGACGAAUUUCAAAUGAGUUCUGGUGAUUCAAAAAAUUUAUCUGAAGUUUUUCCAUUAUUUGCCAUAGCGCAUGAACUGACAAGUAUUCCGCAAACACUAGCUAUGGCAACGGCUCUGACUCUCCAAGAAUUUGAAGAUGAUGGUUGCUGUUAUAUUGAAUUAAGAAGCACACCUAAGGAAACCUUGCACAUGUCCUAUAAACAAUAUAUAGAAGCAAUUAUUCAAACAUUGAAAAAUAAUACUGCCUCAAUUAUAGCAUGUCUUAUAAUAUCCAUAAAUAGGAGUAGUCACCAACAAGAAAUAGAUAUCAUAACAGACUUGGCAAUUGAAUAUCACAAAAAGUAUCCAGAUUUAGUUGUUGGUAUUGAAUUAAGUGGAAAUCCGGCUGUUGGUAAAUUCCAACAUUUUGUACCAGUCUUAACAAAAGCAAGGGAAGCUGGUUUAAAAAUAACAUUACAUUGUGGCGAAAUAUGCAAUCCCCAAGAAGUUAUAGAAAUGCUUAAAUUUAAACCAGAACGUAUUGGCCAUGCAGUUUGUAUACAUCCUCUAUAUGGUGGCAAUGAUGAGACAUGGCAAUUAUUGUGCAAAUCACAGAUACCUGUUGAGGUUUGCUUAACAAGUAAUGUCAGUACAAAAUCAACUCCAGAUUACAGUUCACAUCAUUUUAAAGAACUUUAUAAUGCAAAUAUUCCUAUAACUAUAUGUACUGAUGAUAAAGGAGUCUUUGCAACAUCGCUUUCGCAGGAAUAUCGUAUUUGUGCUGAAACUUUUGGAAUAGAUCCAUCGAAGCUAGCCAGAAUAAGCCUUCGAUCAUGUGAUUAUAUAUUUUCUGAAGAUAAACGGAAGACUCUUAGUGAUAAAAUACUUAAUUUCAUUAAUAAAAAUGGAUUGUAAAAGAUAAUAUACUUAAAACAAUAAUCGCAAUUUAUUUCAAUUAAAAAAAAAUCUUAAACAUCUGCUGUUUCCAAUUUAAUCUUUUUGUUAUAUGUUGCUUACGAUAUUAAAUAAUGUUGCUAUUGUUCACUUCCGGGAGCAAAUUUUUGUGUUACAAGACGUUUCAUAAGCUAGCUAAUCUACUAAUAAUGAGGAAUAAGUAAAAAAA